CACAACCAGCCAACCUAGCCUGGCUACAUGCUUCAGCUUUAAUUUAUCGCACCUCAGCACAAUUUUAGAUUCAACGACAGUGCAAAAAACCGGGUAAACACAUUACGGUCACACACAGUUACCGUGGCCUCCUCUUGCACUCAGCUGGCAGGAUACAUUGCCUUGGCUAGCGUCAGGCUAGCCCGCUAGCUGGCUAGCUAGCUACUCACAUCGCUAGCGGUAGUUAGCUAGCUAGCGAGCUGUAGUAACUUGCGUCAUGGAUGAACUAGUCGUGGAAGUGCGGGGGACAAGUGGGGCCUUUUAUAAGGCCUUUGUGAAGGAUGUCCAUGAAGGAUCAGUCACUGUGGCAUUUGAAAACAAUUGGCAGCCAGAGCGUCAGAUCCCAUUCCAGGAUGUGCGAUUUCCUCCUCCAACAGGGGUCUGCAAGGAGAUUAAUGAGAGCGAUGACGUCGAGGUAUAUUCCAGGGCCAAUGACAAGGAGCCAUGUGGAUGGUGGCUGGCCAAGGUUCGCAUGGUCAAAGGAGAGUUUUAUGUAAUAGAAUACGCUGCCUGUGACGCUACGCUAAAUGAGAUCGUGACGCUGGAGCGGCUACGGCCGGUCAACCCGAAUAAACCAGCCACCAAAAGCACCUUCAUCAAGAUCAGACUGGACGUACCCGAGGAUCUACGGCAGAUGUGCUCCAAGGAAUCAGCACACAAAGACUUCAAAAAGGCCGUGGGAGCGUUCAGCGUCGUCUACGACUCAGAGAAAAAGCAGCUGGUCAUUUUGUCGGUGAAUGAGGUGACUACAAAGCGGGCCAACAUGAUGAGCGACAUGCACUUCAGGAGCCUCCGCACCAAACUCUCUCUCAUGCUGAGGAACGAAGAGGCCAGCAGACAACUGGAGAGCUCCAGACAGCUUGCAUCACGCUUCCAUGAACAGUUUGCAGUUCGGGAUGAUUUAAUGGGUCUGGCCAUCGGGACGCAUGGGGCCAACAUUCAGCAAGCGCGCAAAGUUCCCGGGGUCACUAACAUAGAUCUGGAUGAAGAGACGUGCACCUUCCACAUAUACGGAGAGGACCAGGACGCUGUCCGUAUAGCCAGGAGUUUCCUGGAGUUCUCCGAAGAUGUCAUCAAAGUUCCCCGGAACUUAGUAGGGAAGGUGAUUGGAAAGAACGGCAAACUGAUCCAGGAGGUGGUGGAUAAGUCUGGCGUGGUGCGGGUUCGGAUCGAGCCAGAGAAUGACAAAAAGCCCGCAGUGGCAGCAGCGGCAGCAGCAGCAGCAGAUGAGGGAAUGGUGCCAUUUGUAUUUGUGGGGACCAAGGAAAGCAUCUCCAAUGCUACAGUACUGCUGGACUACCACCUCAACUACCUGAAGGAGGUGGAUCAGCUUCGUCUGGAGCGCCUUCAGAUCGACGAGCAGCUGAGACAGAUAGGAGGGGGAGGAGGCGGCGGAGGGGGAACGGGCCCUCGAAAUCCCAAAGACAAGACCUACGUGUUCGAUAACGGCACGGGACUGGGCAUGGGGAGAGGAGGCGGAGGAGGGAAGCCCUACGCAGGAGGAGGAGGAAGAGGCGGCAGAGGGCGGAGAGGAGGCAGUGCAGCUUUUGCUUCGGGCACCAACUCCGAGGCGUCCAACGCUUCCGAGACAGAGUCAGACCACAAAGACGAGCUCAGCGAUUGGUCGCUGGCCCCCACCGAGGAGCUGAUGACAGGAGGCGGGACCCUGCCCAGACGGACAGAUGGGAGGAAGAGAGCAGGCGGCGGAGGACUGCGAGGACGAGGAGGGAGAGGAAGAGGAGGAGGAGGAUAUAAAGGUGACGACUUGCAGUGGAACGAGCCAAGACCUCGUCAUAUCAGAGACCCCAAGACGAGAGGGCAGGAAGACACACUACAGAUACGCGUGGAUGGGAACAAUGAGCGUAGCGUGCAGCACUCCUCGGGGCGAGGAGGAGGGGGAGGAGGAGGGCCUUCUUCAUCCCAGGGUGGCAUCAGUGCCGGCGGCGAAGGCCCGUCCCGCCACCAUCACCGACCCAUCAGAGAACGAGGGAUGAAGAAGGACAAACAGGACGCUCCUCCGCUGGUCAACGGAGUGUCGUAGAUACACCACUGGAGGACCUUCUCACUUAGACACACACACACACGCAUACAUACACACAAAUACACAUACACGCACUCACACACACGCACAGGCAACUCGUCAUAAAACAUUGUAGAUUUCUUCUGGCUUUUUCUUUCUCUGUCUUUUGUCAGACACAUACUCAAAUACACAAUACUCAUAUUUCCAUCAGCAUGGGAGAGUUUACCGUAGUGAAGUAGACCAGAGGUGAUCUGGUAUCUACUGGUCUGCUCUGCUGAGGUCUGCUCUGGUUUCAGUGUGCUGGUCUGGUCUGGCAUCUCCUGGUCCUGUCUGGAGUAAAAGAAACCACCUCCUUUCUUUUUUUUUUUUUUUGGACAAAUGGACAGGAAGAGGAGGGGUUUGACUAAAGCUGAUCUCUCACAGAGGCAUUAACCCCUAAACAUAAAAAUAUUAGCUUUUUCAACUCAAAUUGGAACAUGUUCUCUUUUUUUUGUUCCACCACCUGUGUGGGCAUGCUGACAAGAGUAAAAAAAAAAGAAAUAAGUCAAGGAAAGAACAGAACAGAAGAAACAUUGAAUUUCAGAAGGCAGGAAAACACAUGUUGCUUCUCUGUUCACCCCCGCUCCACAACAUAACCUCAUUUUUACUGAAAAUGGGCAAACGUGGAGAAGAUCUGGCAGCAAACAGUUUGACUAGCGUCAGUGUUUUGCAUAGGUGGAGAAUUUGUUUGUGGUGGUCUAAAUCCAGCUCACGAGACAGCAUUUUCACAAAUUAACAACAGGGUAGACAAUUCCUUUUUUGCAUCUUUCAUCUGCGUUUUUAAGAUGUAUGAAGUUAAGAAUAAAUAAA